CGGAAGCGGAAAUUGUAGKUUUUUUUUCUUCAGAUCUCUGAAAACAUCUCGAAGAAGAAUUGUUCCUGAUCUGUGUGUGCUGGGACCCGAUGUCGUCGUGGAGAGAGAGACUAAAAGAAUGAGCAUCCAGUGAGCCAGUGAGACCAGAUCGCAAGACAGUCUUUGAGAUCCCCCGCUAUCCGUUUUAUUUCAAUAGUCUUUAUACCGACUAGGUCCUUGUGGUUUGAGACACCCCAUUAGGCGUCAUGACGUCCUCUAUGCUACGCCGACAAUUGAAGAACCUCGUUCAAAACUUCUCUGAGGCUGAGGUCAAGGUGAGGGAGGCCACCUCCAACGACCCAUGGGGCCCCUCUAGCUCGCAGAUGGCCGACAUCUCGGACCUCACCUACAAUGUGGUGGCCUGCAAUGAGAUCAUGACCAUGCUGUGGAAACGCCUCAAAGACGACAAGAACUGGAGGCACAUCUACAAGUCAUUGACUCUGCUGGAGAACCUAUUAAAGACGGGCUCAGACCGCGUUCUGAAUACGAUGCAGGACAACAUCUACAUUGUGAAAGCGCURACAGAGUUUCGUUUCCAGGACAAGGAUGGGAAAGAUCAGGGGGUGAACGUGAGGGAGAAGGCCAAGGUAGUACUGGUUCUUAUGGAGGAYGACGAGAAACUAAAGGAAGAGCGAGAGUUUGCACUCAAGACCAGAGACAAGAUCUCAAAGAACGCCACUGCCUCCUCGGAUGACCCCAAGGACCCCAAGGACCCCAACUACAAGCCAGUGUAUGUCCCAGGAGCCACCGGUCUCCCCUCCCUAGCCAACAUCCCGUCUGUGGCUGAUCUUGCCGCCAGCUUUGAGGCCAAGAAGCAAGAAAAACUGAGACUAGAGGCCCAGAAAAAAGAGGAGGAAMGAAGGUCAAAGAUGACCAAGGAAGAGCUUGAAUGGGAGGAUGCCGCCAAAGCAGGCAAGCCUACGGUUGCUGACGCCUUUGGCGGGGCAGAUGAGCCAUCAGAGGAGGAUGCAUGGGGCGCAGCAGCCAAAGCACCCGCUCCUGAUCCUUGGGGGGGUGCGCCCAAAGCUCCAUCCGAGGAUGCAUGGGGUGGAACAUCCAAAGCUCCAUCCGAGGAUGCAUGGGGUGCACCAUCUAAUGCUACAACAGAAGAAGCAGAUCCUUUUGCGGCGCCAGCCAGUGCCCCAAUAGAUGGUUCAGAUCCUUUUGCGGCGCCAGCCAGUGCCGCAAUAGAUGGUUCAGAUCCUUUUGCGGCGCCAGCCAGUGCCCCAAUAGAUGGUUCAGAUCCUUUUGCGGCUCCAAAAGAUGGUUCCGAUCCAUUUUCGGCACCAUCCAAUACACCAUCUAAAGUUGAAGGCGGAUCGUUUGGGGCACCAAAAGAUGAUCCUUUUUUUCGCACCGUCCAAUACACCAAAAGGUGGUUCUGAUCUGUUUGGGGCACCAAAAGAUGAUCCAUUUUCAGCAC